AUGAUUACGAUUUGUCGGGCGGAGGACGGCCAAGUAUUCCAAGUUAACGCGUCUGUUCGUGAUAUUGAAGGAACCGGAAGUCUUGAACAAUUCUUGCAACAGGAAACUGGAAUCGAAGCAGAUGCAGCGUUAGCUUUUCUGUCUGAUGGAAGACGGUUGACUACUGGCAAUAUUCGUGAUUUGAGUAGCGCCCAGGACCAGUAUAUUUUUGUGUUCAACCAAGACCUCAUUGAAUCCAAUCUUGAGGAUUCACUCAAUCGACUGAUAAUCGAACCACCUUUUCAAGCUGCAAUUGAAGACUCGACAGCUACCCCUCCCAUUCGACAUGCUGCACUUGCCACGUCUUACGCACGUACUGCACAAAUUCAUCAUGAACACAUACAACACAUCCUACGUUCGCUCUCGUUGCAGCAUCAAGCACUUCAGAUAGCUUCUACAAGUCUUGACUAUCACAUCCUGCAAAUAUAUGAGACGUUUGAUGCUUUCGCGUCCAAUGGCAGGAAAGAACUGGAGAAGCAGGCAUCAUUGUUGGAAGGGUUAGAUGCAGACCUUGAUAUUUUAUCGAAGGUUGGAGUGCACGUAGAGUUCUGUUCAACGGCUGUGAGAAUGGCAAUAGAGGCCGGAGAGAAGCCACGGGUACUGACUGAUUAUGUCUCCAAACUGAAGAUGAGACAAGUUGCUGACGGUUGUGCCAAAACUCAUGAGGACCUCAAGUCUCGUUUUCAGCAGGUAGAAGACGCGGUUAACAAACUUAAACAUGGAGCAGAUUCAGUGAGAAACAAUUUGGCCAAUGCACUCCUCUUCGAUGAGGCUAGUACUUGUGCAAGGCGAUCAGAAGAUCUAUUGAAUCGGAUAACAGACGCCUCUGCUGCCCUGGAAAGCCCUGCUUCUGACACGGACUCUUUGCUCCAAGAUCUCCGGCAUCUUGACAGCUCCCAUCGACUCGAACUGCAAGAAAUCACUCACAAGAAGAAUUUGUAUACCCGACAAUGUUUGACAGUACUCCGACAUAUUGCUGCACUGAACAACGACAUUGUAAAUGUUCCUCCAGCUCUGGCCGCGCUGGUUGUCAGCUUUCGCGGAAAAACAAGCUUCUCUCAUAUUCAGAGGCUUCAUAACAUGCUAUAUGCUUAUGGCGCUACAGUCAUAGAAAUUGUUCGUAGAAAAGAAUUUUCAAGGUUUUUCUUUCAACGAGCUCAAAGCAUACUGGAAGUUAUGGCAAAGGUUUCAGCAAACGAACGAAAACGCCGGCAAGUUUACCGAGGGGAAGUCCACGGUCAACUCCCAUUUGAGACCAAAGGCCUAGAUGAUCCAGUACCGACGAUCGAUUUUACGCCGUCAGGAGGAACCGAUUUUGUCUACUCAUUUGAAAGAGCUGACGUAGAUAAUUUGAUUCGAGUCUUGGAUGACCUGGAGCAAUACUCUCGCGCAAGUCAGAACUCGGUCGCUCUCAAAGCCGUUCGAGAGUGUCGAUUCGCGUUGGAGAAACUUAUUGGAAAGAUGGAUAAUUUAGAACUGGGUUUCGAUAAGAUUGCUGAACGCUCACUACUUUCGCGUUCUCAUAUUUCACAAUCCCGUAGACGGUCGACAGAAAUUGAGGAGCAAGCGAUUCAAGAGCUUGCAGAUGAACUCCGUACCACCCAGGAAGCGAAAGCGUUGCAGGAGCAAACCUUCAAUGAAGACAAAUUGGCGCUGCAAGCCGAGAUCCGUCGUCUCAGCGCUAAAUGCUUGGAGAGUGAUGCAUCCCUUUCUCUGGAGCAAGAGCGAUCGGCGAGAUUAGAGCGCGAGUUGCAACAGGUACGCGGCCAGAUGGAAAGUGAAGCCGUGGCCCGACGGAUUCUGGAACAACGGAAUGCUGAACUUGACGCCGACAUUUCCAAGCAGCGAACUGAGAUUGCGGAUGCGUUGGCCGAUGCUACGGAGCAAACCCGACAGGCUGAGAUGCUGCGACAGGAGCUGGCGCAGGUCCAAGAAGAAGUAGAAGAGGUCAAGCAGUUGGAGAAGCGGAAUGCCGACACCGUUGCAAGGCUGAUGGAAGAGCAGACGAAGAACUUGCGCAACUUAGAGGAAGCAAGGGCUCGUGGGGAGGAUUUGGAACUUCAGAUUCAGACCGUACGCUCUGAGAGUGAUCAGUUACACCAAGCACUGAGGAAGGCCAGCCAGGAGAAAGAUAAACUUCUGAGGGACCAGGCUUCCGAACACGAAAUGCGCCUGCGCGAUCACAAAGCUGAAGCAGACGGCGACCGGGCUGUUUUAGACCGCCAGUUUUCUGAGUUGCAAGCUGUUCUGGAACACAAGGAGCGGCAGCUCAAGGACGUUCGCGGAGACCUCGAAGUCGCUAACGCUGAUGCUGUCGGCCUUCGUCAGGAGUUGCAACGCGUGGAGCAUGAACUGCGAGAUGCCCGUGAACUUAUACGCGUACAUCGCGAAGACCUCAAGGCUGGUCAAGCUUCUCAGCAUGAGUAUGAACAGAGGAUUGAGAACAGCAAUCGUCUUAUUGCUCAGAUACUCGACGUCGCUAUUACGUUCAGGAACACUCACGUCAAGGCUUUGCAUAUAGCUCAGUCUAUUUCUUCACAUCCUAGCUCGACUCGUCACACGUCUGCCAACCUAGCAGAGUCCGCUUUCUCUAUGACUGGCUUCCGCCAUAACGUUAUUGGGCAACCUGAUGAACCUUCUCCCAUCGACCCGUCGGAUCCAAACACUGCACUGGAAACGCUGCGUGAAUUUGAUCAUGACCACUUUUUGGAGGCAGUAACGAAGACGGGCACCAUCAUCCGCAAGUGGCAAAAACAGUGCAAGGAAUACAGAGAGAGAGCGAAGGGUAAGAUCUCGUUUAGGAAUUUCGCCAAAGGGGAUCUAGCAUUGUUUCUGCCAACACGGAACUCGGCAACGGGGCAUCUCGCUGAACAACUCAAGACGCGAGAAUGGAUUGUGGCUAGAAUUACAUCUAUUACAGAACGUAUAGUGGAUCAAAAGGAUCCGUCCAGCAACCCAUACGGAUUAGGUGAUGGCGUCAAAUAUUAUAUGCUUGAAGUUGAAGACUGGACGCAACCAACCAACAACAAACGGCGGCUAUCGUCAAGAAAAAUAUCUGGCGCCGACAAUGAAACGAAAGAAGUCUUUCCAACUGGGGCAGUCAGUAAAUUAAGUCCCUCUGCGCUUCCUCCUGGUCCGCCUGAAGCUGAAGUUGAGGAAACAUUCUUGGUCACGCAUCCCCCUAAUUCGCACCUGUUUCCGGUAAGAGGUCGAUCCAACAGCUCACCAACGGCGCGUCCGUCAUCAUUGUCGCGUCUCCUUGCCCAAGCCUCUCCGGCUCCGGAAACCUCAAUUGAAACAUCUGCAGGCCCCGAUCCCGAAAUUAAAAGUCCUUCCCCUCAUGCCUCACCACCGCCUGCAUCGUCUCCUCAGAUUGCUGUUUCGGUUCCUCAAAGUGUCAAUGUCAAUAGUAAUCAUUCUUCGAUGCCAUCUCCCCUGCGUCCUGGUUCGCGUGCGUCUCGGCUUUCUACUACAUCACGGUUUUCUGUGGGUCGAGGAGUCCCGGUCCUAAGCACAGGCGGAUCGAUGCAAUCGAAGGCUGCUCCUACCACUGCGCUGAGUGAGCAGCCGAUGGCAUCUUCACCCUCCUCCUCUGCGGAGAAUCCGUUCAUGUCUCCCACGACACCUUCACCCGAGGAAUCCAUUUCUGAUGCCCUCAAGAACAUCGUCACUCUGCCUAACAAAACCACCAGACCGAGAACGACAUCUUAUCAAACCUCGCGUCCGUCUCCACUAGCAGCAACCACCUCACAGGCGACUGUUGUUCCCUCCAGGCCGUCUCUCGCGGCCGCGGUUACAACAAAUCCGCUGACAUCUCUCGCCAACAGUUGGGGUAUGUCAUUUGGACGAAAGAAGAAGACAGAUACGGGGAAUCUGACCCCUACAGCUGAAUCGUCCAACGAUGGGGCAGAGCGCGAGAGUGAACCAACUAUAUCUGAUAAUCCGAACACAUCGCAUAGUGCACGAGAGAUGCUCAAACGGUUCUGA